UUGCUUUAUUUAGGACAAGUGAUCUCUCAAUCUUUUUACUUUCUCUCUCCUAAAAAUAGUGGAAUUGCAAUAAUGGAUGAUUCUAAGAAAAAAGUAGACCAUCAACAUGAGCAACAAGUAGCUUUAGAUGAAGCUGCUGCAAAUAAUGCAUUAAAGUUCUUUGAACAAUUGGGCAGCUCACUUGAGUCACUGCCCUUAAACACCAAUGGUCACGACUAUAUGUCACAACUAAUGCUUCGUUUUCUCAAAGUUGAUUCCAUUUCUCGUGGUCGUGUUACUUGCUCCUUUUCCGUUCUACCUCCUUUUGUGAACUACUAUGAGGGGUUGCAAGGAGGAGUAGUGGCAACUGUAGCCGAAAGGCUAGCCACAGCGUGUGCUCGAACCAUGGUAGGGGAGGAGAAGCCAUUGUUUCUUGGUGAACAAAGCAUAUCCUACCUUUCCGCUGCUUCAAUGAACGCUGAGUUGGUUGCUGAUGGAAAAGUUUUGAGGAGUGGAAGAAACUUAACAGUAGCAUCAGUUGAAAUCAAACUAAAAGAGACGAAGAAACUGCUUUACAUUUCUCAAGCUACUUUCUAUCACCUCCCUAUCUCAAAAUUAUGAAGUGUAUAUGCUAGAUUUCUUUGUCAAAAAUCCUAUCGAUUAAUAGUACUUAUAUAGUUAUAUUAGGAAUUUAGGGUCAUUAGCUAUGAAGAAGUGUCAUGUUCUUUGGCUCUUCAGAAGCUCGUUCACAUUAGAGGUAUUCGACGUGGUCUGUCAUAAAAGACCCUAGGCCUACACGCACAUCUUAUAGGUAUGUACCACGUGUAUCAUAUGAACGCAUCUAAUAAUUUGUACGUGUUAGUUCUCUAUAGGAGACAUCGUGUGCACUAUAUUUAUG